GAAUCAUUAGUACUUCUGUGAAGGCCCUAACCCUUCUGUAACUUAACUCUAGCUGACUUUGGUGAGUGAUUAAUCAUCUAUUGUCAUUAGUAGUCGUGUGGACAGCAGAAUUUGGCCAUGGAAAGUACCUUACUUUCCUUUGAUGGAAUAUCACACUAUCCGUCAUUUGGAUGACCAUUUUAAGAUAAGACCGUUGCGAUGGAAUCUAUUAUGAUGGAAUUGUAUUUUUGCAUUUUAAGCAAAUCCGUGAACUAGAAACAAGGGUGAAAUUGUAAUUUACAUUUUAAGUAAAUCCAUCAAUAGCAUUCCACACAUCUCACAUUCCAUGGCCUGUUUGACAUUUCUGAAUUCUACAUUGCACCACCUAAACAAGGCCUCCUUGGAUCUUGGUUCCAAACAACUAGAUGUUCAUCUGAAGUUGAACAUGCCCAUUUACUCUGGUUGUUGGAUGAUAUAUAUACGAAUUAAUUGUGUGUUCGGUAGAUCUUGUUUUGGCCUUUUUCCCUUCUUUUUACUUUCUUGCUUUUGUCAUUCCAAAUGCAGGUAAAGGAUUCAGUCACUCGAUUGUCAACAUCUGUAGGGGGAAAGCUGCAAACCAGAGUAUUAUGGUGGUAAGUUUCGCCGGCACAUUUUCUGGGCUGCAAGAAGCUGAGAAGCUUCACAGGCUCUAUGCUGAGAAUGGACACGGGAGAUCCGGGUUGCAAGGAAAGAGUACAAGCACCGACAGCAGGGAAGGUGACAGCAAGGAAGACGAGGACACGGUAUUAGGCGAUCAAGUGGGUUCAGUGGAAGCAGCUCUGUACGGGUAUUUAGGGAUAGCAUGCGACUUGGAUAAACUAGACUUUGAUAUGAAGAAGCGAUGUUUGGUGAAGAGCAAAAAGGAGAUUAACGCAAUCGCAGAUGCCCCUGAUGGGGGUUAAACUAGACUUCUGUUGUCAUUUUAGACUGUGGAAUGCCCUUCCGUACGAUAGGUACGCAGGAUACGCAUUUACAGGCAGUCAAGUCGAUGUUUUUGGUCCGACUGGCAAAGCAGAAUGGGUGGAAGAGUGUAUAUUCUUUUCUCUGCCACCACCUUUGCAUUUUGGCAAUUGACGGGGAGGGAUAAAAUGCCACCCGAAGUUGGAAGAACACAGUUAUUAAUCGCCAUUCAUUUGACGGCGAGUGCUCGUUAGGUUUUUGUUUAGUUUGGUGGUAUUGGGGACUUUUUUGGGGGAGGAUCGAAAAUGGAUCUAUCCAUGUUUGCUUUUUUCUUGAAGGUUUCACCUUGGAGUUGUGAAAGGGUGAUGGAGGAUCUUGAAGAAGCAUAUAUGGGUGCUCCAUCUUUCUCAAAGUUCAGCUGGCUCGACUGAGUGAGUCUCUAACAGCAGCUGCAGCAGAUCGGCAUUUUGUGCAAGGGAAUGGGAAGACCAGUAUUUUGCCUUUGUAGUACUAAAACUCGUUGAAUUGUCGGUUAAAUUUUUACAGGCUUCUUUUGGUAGAUCCUGCCAUACCCAUACCACCAUACCUUUUGCUCUUCUUCAGCUGUGUGAUGUUAGGAAUCUCCUCUUUUGCCUUGUUAAUAUGUCCGUUGAGGUUGGAAAGAUUGAAGUUGGAAACUGUUUAGUGUUUAGUACUCUUAAUCUUGUGCAAUUUCUUAUAUUGUCUCCUCUGGUACGUAUUUGAGAUGAUGCUAUUUCGAUGCGAUUGAGAUUUGCAUGUAUCCUCUCAAAUGUUCUCGUCGAAUUGUUUAUAUUCAAUUGCAUGGUACAAUUUCAAAUGGCACCUUCUCCCGACCUAAAAAGAAAUCAAUAGGUGAGUGCUGAUCCUGCUCAAGGAAAGUUGCAGGAGACACCAACUUCUGACAAUUUAAUAUCGGUCUGAAGAACUAAACUAUGCAUUUUUCU